AUGGUGGUCUUCAUGGGCCUCAUCGUCCCUCUUCCGUUUACCAUCAAGCGCAAGCUAUUCACAUUCAUCUCAGAAAGUCCCAUAGUAGCGAAAUUACAAUAUGGGUUAAAGAUCACGUUUAUUUUUAUCUUGAUUCUUUUCAUUGACAGCGUCAACCGCGUCUACCGUGUGCAGCUGGAGCUUGCCUCCUUCUCCCGGGAAGGCAAUCCUAUGGGAGCCGCUGCACUUGGCACAGAUCGGAUGGAAGUCCAGGCUCGGAAGUUCUAUUCCCAGCGCAACAUGUACCUUUGCGGCUUCACGCUCUUCCUGUCUCUCAUCCUCAACCGCACCUAUACCAUGAUCCUCGAGGUUCUCCGUCUUGAGGACCGCGUCAAGCACCUCGAAGGUGACAAGAGAGCCGGUGGCAAGGACUCCGCACGUCUCGCCCAGGCUGGAGAUAUCGGAGAGAUCGGACGUCUCAGGGAGGAGCUCGAGGCCAAGAACCGCGACAUUGAGACUCUGAAGAAGCAGUGUGAGGGACUCACCCGCGAGUAUCACAGCCUAGGCGACAAGGUUGCUGGCACUACCACCGACGGUUCCAAGAAGGAUCUGUAA